CUACCUUUCUUCUAAUAAGUUCUGAUUUGAGGUUCCUUAUAAAUGUUUAUAAAAACGUAGCUUGAUGGAUCUCGUGUCCGAGUUGAAGGAACAUUAGUGCAAUGUAUAGUCUUAGCGUAGCAAAGCCAGUGAAAGAUUCUACGUACAAAAUGUAAGUGCUUAGAGUUAGAAGAUAAAACCAAACUGAAGUAGCUAUGGACUUGUAGGAAACAUAGAAGACACCAAUGAUCAUAGUCAACUUAAGGCAAACAAAUUGCAUAAAAUUUAAAGAUAAAACGUCACAUACCUAAUAUGGAAUGGCGAAUAAUAGUUUCAAAAAAAAGUUUCAAAGGGGAUAUAUGUACAAUGUAAAAAGAUAAUUACAACAAAUAAAAGAAAAGAUGAGAAGGUCCAAAUGUCAUGUGAGCCCCCUUCCCACUUGGCUCCCUAUUCUAUCCUCAUCUUUGCUAUACAUUGCCCAUUAUUUCUUCUACAUAUCUCUCAACUAGUCAACUAUAAACAGUAACUCACACAUAUAAUUUUUGCAAUUCUCCAUUUCGAUAUGGACCAUUCAGUUCACUAGUUAUAUGCAUACUACUUACUCUCUGUUUAAUCUGCAAACAAAAGAAGAUAUACUAAUAUUCACCAUUUUUUCAGUGUAGAACAUGGUUACUCUCAAUGCAUCAAGAUUCUCAUUGCUAGUAGUAUUAUUCUUUGUCUUGUCUGGUAGUGAAAUUUUCAGAAACAACAUAUUCCUUUUUAAUGUCCAUGUUCUCAAUGCAUUUGAUAUGGCCACUAGUACCCAUAUUUUUGGACUGACCCUCUUAAUCUCUUCCCAUGAAACUUCCUCUUAACUAUUUCCUUUUGCUAUUUUUGCAAGACUUGACCCCACUCUUCUGCAUCUCCCCCUCUUUAUUAUUGUAAUUUCAACCUUUUCUUUAUACGUUACCCACAUUUUACAUUUAUCUUUGUAUAUCCUAUCAUGUUUUUAACAAAUAAUAUCAAAGGGAACAUACAUGCACUCCCCUCUAUAUAUAUACUCCAACCUCAUCUCGUCAUCAUAAAGCAACACAGCCCAUUUCUCUAUUAACGUUCAAACAAAAUGGAUUACAGCUGUCUAGACGACAACACUAGCAACACUUCAGAAACUCUCUCCAUGUCUAAGAAGACACCAUCUCCUCCUCUUCCUCUGCCUCCGGCGAUGCGUCUCUACAGAAUGGGAAGCGGCGGAAGCAGCGUGGUUCUUGAUUUAGAGAACGGCGUCGAGACAGAGUCGUCGCGUAAGCUCCCGUCGUCGAGGUUCAAAGGCGUCGUCCCUCAGCCUAACGGAAGGUGGGGAGCUCAGAUUUACGAGAAGCACCAGCGCGUGUGGUUAGGCACGUUCAACGAGGAGGAAGAGGCCGCGGCUUCCUACGACAUCGCCGCUCGGAGAUUCCGCGGCCGCGACGCCGUCACGAACUUCAAGUCGCCGGCGAGUGAUGCGGAGUCUGCUUUCCUCGAGGCUCAUUCCAAGGCUGAGGUCGUUGACAUGCUGAGGAAACACACUUACGCCGACGAGCUUCGACAGAGCGAAAGGAAGUUUCUUGACGGCGACGGUAACGGAAGAAAACGAUGCGAGUUUUCGAAGACGACGGUGACUAACGAAAACGACGGCGUUUCGCGUGAGGUUCUUUUCGAGAAAACCGUUACGCCGAGCGACGUCGGGAAGCUAAACCGGUUGGUUAUACCGAAACAGCACGCGGAGAAGCAUUUCCCGUUACCGGUUACGGUUACUCCGUCACCGACAAAAGGCGUUUUGAUUAAUUUGGAAGACAGAACGGGGAAAGUGUGGCGGUUCCGUUACUCGUACUGGAACAGCAGUCAAAGUUACGUGUUGACCAAGGGGUGGAGCCGGUUCGUUAAGGAGAAGAAUCUCAGAGCCGGUGAUGUGGUUUGCUUCGAGAGAUCGAGCGGACCGGACCGGCAAUUGUAUAUUGACUGGAAAGUCCGGUCUGGUAUUGAGAAAAUUACGCCGGUUCAGAAUGUGGUUAGGCUUUUCGGGGUCAACAUUUUCAAUGCGACGACGACUAACGCUAACACAAACGACGUCGUAGGGGAGAGCGGUAGCAAGAAGAGAUUUCGGGAAGUUGAUUUGUUUGCGUUAGGAUGUUCCAAGAAGCAGGCCAUAAUCAACGUCUUGUGAGUUGUGACCAUUUCAUUUUAUUUUAUUUUUUCAAAAUAAUUUUCCCUUUUGCAGAAAAUUCUAUCAAUUUGGCAAGUUGUAAAUUAGGAUAAGACAAGAAAAAUGAUGACUAGGAAAUUGUUUUUUUUUUUUGCUCACAUCUAAUUUGGGUUUGUUUUUCACCGUUAAUGAAUAUGAUGAUGUGUUCAUCAUGUGAGAAAAGAUGAUGUGUUUAGACCUUUUCUUAUAUCUCUUUUUGGUUAAAAAUAUUGUAUCUCUUUAUCUUGGUUAUUGUAAUCCUUUUCUUGCAAUGUUUUCAAUUGAAACAUACUGAUACU